UAGAGGGACCGAGCUGAUCAGUCUGCGCGAGUCUGUCGAGCGGUGAACGUCGCUUCCUCGGCCGCCUCCUCGGAUACGCUUGCCCCGAGUCCGCCGUGAGCGAGCAGUCUCAUCAUCCUUGCCUCCGCAGUUCUGGCCGUUCGGUCCAUCGAUCCGCCGCGAGCAGGAAACGAUCCCACCGGUGAACGCGCGGAUCGACGUUGUUCAUCGACGGAGAUUCCACCAGCAGGGAGGCUGGCACUCGCGCAGUUGAACUGCCGUGCACAAGCAGUCGGAGAUCGUUGACUGACGCUGCAGCUCCAGGAUGACCACGGGAAGAGAGAUCUAUGGCACGUUUAGCCUGAUCGUGGACGACGUCGACUCCCACUCGAUAUCGAGCGAGAGCCCGGACAUGGACGGCCUGUCGAACGACAACAGCUCGAAGAACUCGUCGACGCAGACACCGAUGGACAGCCCGGGCGGGCCUAGGGAGAGGAUCAAGCAGAUGCAAGUGGAAGCCGAGACCAGGAGGGACGAGUUCGCGAGGCUGCUCGAGGAGCACGCCCAGGUCGUCAGGAUGCUGAAGAUGAUGGAGGCCGAGGAGUAGCCCUCGCCGUUGCGGGAGCUACGCACGCGUGAUUCCAUCCUCAACCGGGCAGAAUCGUCGAAGGGUUAGGACAACAACAGCUCCCUCUCGGCGCGCGCCAGUUCUUUCGAUUUAACAGCGAAUUGGAGGACGAGCUCUUCCCGUAGAGCUCGUCGCGAGAAACGGAGCCAGCCCGGCCGUUCGUCGGAGGCGCGCGAGGGGACUUAGCCCGUAUUUUCUAACGCACCCGGCCGAAUUUCACUGCAACCUUUAAUUUCCCGAGCGAAACGGGGCAAGGCGGAACAAGUGGACUUAUUUAGGUCGCACCUUAGCUGAAACGCGCGCGCGGCCGAUCGAACGCGAGAGAGCCGCCUGGGCGUAUUUGGAUCGACGGCCAUUCCCGGUUUUCUAGGUUCCGGUCGGAGCACGCGGAGAUUUUGCUCGCGGUUAGUCCUUGGACGCGGAAAUCCGUUGUUUUCUCGCGGUGUCCCCCUCGGUUCGGCGCGCUUGUAUCGUUUUGUCGGUUCCUGUCGGGUAGUCUAAGCACACGACUAGCUUUAGCGAAUUCUGUUCUCGGAUCCUGCGGUAUUAGUUCUGUCGACGAACUGAGCCCUUUUCGGUUUGAACGAGAAGUCUGAAAUACUUCUAGUUACGACAAUAAUGAGGAACACUCGGCGUUCGUAAAAUCUCGGGACAAAAGGACUAACUUUUCGUGUAUAUAUAUCGUAUAUAUAUAUAUAUAUACUCACACGCAUACAUGUACACA